ACUGGAGGUCGAUGCAAGGAAGGAAGAUCGUAUGAACGGCAAAGGUACGAACAGUAUUAAUAAAAGCAGUACUUUAAAUUAUGUCAAUAAUGUUGUCUCUAAAAGCAACACGAUUGAUGGUACAGAAAAAAAGAAAGAUGAAGCUAGUGGUGAUGAGAAAGAUGACGUUAAGGAUGAAAAGAAGAACGACGUCAAUAGUGAUAUGACAGUUGACGCCAAUGAAAAUGAGAAAGAUGAUGUUAAUAUUAACGAAGAAGAUCACGAUGAUCAUAAGAAAUUUGACUAUAAUGGUGUCAAAAAAGACGACGAUGAUGAUGACAAGAAAGAUAACGCUGAUGCUGAUGACGACAAAGAAAACAAGAAAGUUGAUGUCAAUGAUGAUAAAAACGAUGACAACGAUAUUUAUAGAGAAAAUGACAAUGAUGAAAAUAAGAAAGAUGAUGCUAAUGGUAAUGAAAAGUUGAUGUUAAUGACAACAAAAAUAAUCACAGUGAUAAGAAAGAUGAUGUUAGUGAUGAUAAGAAUAAGGACGAUAAGAAAAAGAAAGUCAAUGAUAAAAAAACAGAUGAGGAUAAUGAAGACGAGAAAGAAGACUUUAAAUGGAUAAGACAAAUGACAUCGAUAACAAAAAUAAAGAUGAAAUCAAUGAAGAUAAAAUGGACGGAGAGAGUAGACAUGAAAAA